UAAUGCACACGGAGGAGGAGCAACAUGUGCUUGAUCUGUGUUCAUCCGCUGUCACCACCCCGUGCGGCCGCUCCACGGGAAAACUAAACUCAUAGGUGGAGGAGAGAGGGAAACUAAACUGAUCAACGAGCAGGGCGCAAGCAGAAGAGUUGACACAGAGUCGGCGUUACUUCAGACCCUCCGUUAACUGGUAGAAUUAAAGGAGUAGGUAGCCCUUUCAGGAUUGCGUUCGCUGUUUUGACAGUGAAGGGAAGCGAGUGGAAUGAGAAACGGCCUCUGCACGUACAGUGUUUUUCUAACAAAGUAAAGUCCAUCUACACUUUAUGGAUUUCUAACGCGUGGACUUGCUUGGCACGACGUUCAAGGGUACUGUCAUGACCUUUGACAAUCGUUCAUCUCAUCACUCGAGGUGACAACCUGGAUCCAAGCCAACUAUUACCUUACUCUUAAAGAGGUCUGGGGACCUGACCCACACCCCCCCUCCCGCGGGGUCGUGUCGUCAGAGGGACCAGGGGGGGGGGUGUGUGUGUGUGUGUGUGCGGUGCGACCGCAUCAUGGAAGUGCUUCGGAAGUCCUCAGAAUUCGCUGCGGAGGUGCUGGACGUGUUUGACCGCUCGGUGAGCGACAAGGAGCUGGUGUUCCAGGCCAAGGCGCUGUACCGAGACUACGUCCUCUGCAGGCUCAACCAACACGGGUUUGGGUGGGCCAGGAGCGAGCUCCACUUCCCCUCCACCAGUGCAGCACUGGCCGAGGUGUCUCUGGUGCUCCUGUAUCUCGGCGAUGAGUUGGAGUGUAUGCACCCAAGUCUCUACAGGAACGUGGCUCGGCAACUCAACAUUUCUGUUGCCAUGGAGAAUAUGGUAUCGGAUGCCUUCAUUGCUGUGGCAACAGAGAUCUUUUCAACAGGUAUAACAUGGGGCAAGGUGGUGUCCAUGUUCGCAGUGGCGGCGGGCCUGGCUGUGGAUUGUGUGCGGCAGGGCCGGCCAGCCACCGUGCACGUCCUUGUGGACAGCCUUGGCCAGCUGGUCCGCAGGUACCUGGUGCCCUGGCUCAAGAGAAAGGGAGGCUGGACUGAAAUUAGUAAAUGUGUCAUAAAGAAGGACGUCAUCUCUGAACACCACUGGCUGUCCUCCACUGUGGAGUCCUUGAAGUACUUUCUCACUACAGUUUACGUAUACGUCAUGAAGGAACAAUGAUCUGAUGGGACAAAGACAGUUUGCCCAGGCUCCAGCUUGCUUAGGCUUAAGUUAUUUGAGAUGAACACAGCUGCAGUGUGGAACAGACCCAACUUGACAUAACGGUUUGUUGCUGAAUGGCCAUCAACAAAUGUAUCAUCAGCAUUAACGUCAUGCCUCUCGGAUAAGUCCAUAAUAGGUGGCUACGCUUCAUUCAAAGCUUGGUCACAAUUAUACUUUCAUCGCAUGAUUCAUUUUUUUUGUUGCCGGAUUGUUUCAAACACAUUUUGUCCAAAGACGUGCAUGUCCAUCAAUGCAGUAAAAGCAGCUGGGUCCAGUUUUGUUGCACCUAAUGCACUUUGUGACGUUACUUCCCACUGGUUUACUACAACUUCACUGCCUGAAGCGGUCUGCUUCUCAAGAGGAAAUGUCUGGUGCUUGGGGGGAACUACCAAACCGAUUCGGGAGAAUCAGAUAUGUGUAUAUGGUGAACCUUGAUGCUUUAAGAGUCUAAGCUUGUCGUUUUUGUUCAAUCUUAGCAUCGUGCAGAAAAAGUGAUUGCUCUUCGCUUCAGCUCUACAUAGGAAUUUACUGUUUUAAACAGCUAAGUGACAACUAUCAGGCUGUCAUUCCUAUUUUUUUUGGGAGGACUCCAUGUGGCAAAUAGGUUUCGUUCCAGAGAAGGAAUGAGGUUAUUUUUUAACUGCCAUCAACUGUGUUGCACUUUAGGAGGUUUUCUGAUGCGAUUGUGUUCUACUACAGUGCACCCAGUUCUCCUUCCCAAACAUCAUAACCACCGUGACCAAAAAAAACGAUGAGUGAUGCUUAUAGAUAUUGAGUCUAACUGUUGUGCCCGGUGUAAGUAACAUUUGUGGUUUUCCACUGCAACAUUUCACAAUGUUGCAUAUGUAGGUGAUUAUUAUUUUCAAAUCUGUAAAUAGUUUUAUUUAUAAUUUUAGCAAUCGGAGCAAUUGUGGUAUUUCAUUGACUCUGACAGCAAUUAUUGAUUGUAUAGUGUGCCUAUUGGUUGUCACUUUAACUGUUAAAUUAUUUACGCGUCUGAUUUUUCUUUUUUUACUCUGAAAUAAACUUUCAACAUAUUAUCAAAA